ACUUGAACAGCUCCAUCAGACAUUGGUCACCAAUGCGAUCUACAGAUGGCCUGACAUGUCCAGGAAGCUGAGUCAAUAUGGGGAAGAUGGAGUCCAAAUUGUUUUGAAGAACGAUUUUAAGAACUUGGCUUUCUCAUUUGGCCUUCCCGUCACACCAGAGGAGCUUGAAGCACUGUGGUUGAGAUAUGACCAGACUGACAAAGGCUACCUCACGCUCUCAGAGUUUCGGGAGAAGCUGCAGGUUGACCCUACUGCUGAUCUCUAUGGACCAGUGAACACAGUGGCAUUAAACUCAUCCAGUCCUAAACCUAGCCAGACAGAGGUAGGGCUGAAGGACAUUGGGGAGCUGGUCAGGCGUCACUACCGCGCGCUGUCCUCAGCGCUGUCCCGUCUGGAGGGGAGGAGGGACGGGAGGGUGCGGCUGGAGGACCUGCAGAGUGUGCUUCAGCAACAUGGCCGCCGCCUGGGGAGAGAGCAGCUCACACAGCUCCUGCACAGUCUGAAGGUUAAGGUGGCUGCUGGGAGUCUGUCGUGGCUGAGCUUCCUGCAGGCGUUUGAACUGGGACCAGUGCAGGGGUCAGAGGUCAUCUCCCCCACCCCCACCCCCACCCUCACUGAGAGCCUGGAGACCCUGAGCCCAGAGAGGGCCAUCCAGAGAAUCAGCGAGCUGGUCACCGCCUCAGUACACACACUCCACAAGGUGUUCUCUUCGUUUGAUCGUGACGGUAACGGAACGCUGUCCUCGCUGGACUUCCGAAGGCUCCUGGAGCACUUCUGCGCUCGGCUGUCGGACCGCCAGUACCGGUACCUGCUCAACCGGCUGGUGUUGGACUGGGAGAACAACGCCGUGUGCUGGAGAAGCUUCCUGCAUCAGUUCAAUCUCAGCAACAAGGGAACCCUGCAGCAGGCCCCAGAGAGGAAGUUGAUCGUGGAGACGAGAGCUUGCACACCUGCCCAGCGGCAGCCUCUGCCAGACAGUGAGAUUUUGGACUGCGUGCGCCAAGUUGUCUCUGAGCAUCUUUUCUCCAUCGCCAUGGAGAUGGUGGACAUGGACCCAACCAACUGUGGUACCAUCAGUAAAGACGAAUUCAGGGACAUCGCUGACCAUCACCUUCACGUUCUCUUACCUGAGCAGUUCGAGUGGCUGUGGGAGCAGCUUCCUUUGACGGAGAAGGGCCAUCUGGACUACCGGACCUUUCUGAAGUGUUUCAGUUUGGGAGACUUCGGUCUCUUCCCCUCCUCCUCUCCAUCCCCAACGCCUGAUAUGACCAGGAGCCCUGCGGAUGUGCGGACAUCACCCAUCCCACCACGACCCAGGAGUGGACCCUGUGGCUCCCGAAGCUCCAAGCAGGGGCAGGCCCAGAGGCGGCGUCCCAGCUCCAGCCCACUGCUCAACUGUGAAGCGGCCGAGCGUCGCAUCCAGAGCCGCGUGCGCUGCUGCUGGAGGGAGAUACAGCGGAGGUGCCGUCUGGAGGACCAGCAGUGCAGCGGCCAGAUCAGCCAGCACACCUUCAUGGACAUCCUGAAGGAGCUGCACAUCGAUCUCACAGACCGGGAGUUCAGGCAGCUGGCUGUGAAGUAUGACAUCCAGAAUAGCGGGCAGCUGUCCUACCCAGACUUCCUGCGCCACUUUGUGCUCUUCCUGCGUCCUCAGACCAAACAGGCCUCGGUGCAGCUGAAACUCAACGAACAGACUUUGGCCUUUGUGAGUGAUCAGUGUGCCGAGGCCCUCGUGAGGACGGGCGAGUCGGUCCAGCAGGGCUGGAAGUCCAUGAGACAGAGCUUUGCUGUGCAUGACCACAACCACAGCGGGACUAUAACCAUCCCAGACUUCAGGAAGGUGCUGCGGCAGCAUGGUGUAAAUCUCUCCGAGGACGAGUUCUUGCAUCUCGCGUCCUGCUUUGAUAAAGACGCGGGUGGGAGGAUAUCCUACAACGAUUUUCUCCGCACCUUCCUGGGAUGAGCGCCAAUCCCGUCUCCAGGUGCUAACGAAGCGGAUAUACAGCAUGCUUACACACACACACACACACACACACACACACACACACACAGCUUUCUGAUAGACAAGGCCCCACACUGUGAUAUCCACUCCUGCUAAUGCUAUUUAUCCACAUCUAGCCAGGGGCAAUAUCCCCAAACCUCCUUAAAACAACAACAAAAAAAACAGACAUGUUCAUUAUCAACAGUCCUAUCCCAUAUUUUGCAGAUUAAG